CAUGUGGUAAGUUAAACUUCAAAACAUUAUUUUCAUAAAUAAUGAAUGAAUGAAUAAAGAAAUGUGGACAUAAUAAAAUUAGAGGAGUAUAUAUAUUUUGCAAUCCGUUAUAACCUCCUCCAAAGCCUAUUUUUCACCAUUUCUCUCCUGUCUUUUCCUCUUUGUGCUUCAUGGAAAAACGAAGGGAGAAAAAUGGUCCAACAUUCGUCCCUCAAUUUGGAGCAUGGGAUAGCAAUGCUGCAGCUGGAGGCAAUGGUGGUGGUUAUACCGUGGAGUUCUCCAAAGCUCGUGCCAACAAACAACAUCAGCAUAAAAAUGAUUUAGGUGCACGUCACGGGUUGACAAAUGAUGAGGAAUUUCAGCAUCAGCAGCAUAAAAAUGGUUUAGACGCACGUCAGGGGUUGAAAAAUGCUAAGGAAUAUCAACAUCAACAGAAUAAAAAUGGUUUAGACGCAUGUCAAGUGUUGAAAAAUGAUAAGGAAUAUCAACAACAACAGAAUAAAAAUGGUUUAGACGCACGUCAGGGGUUGAAAAACGAUAAGGAAUUUCUGCAUCAACAACAAAAAAAUGGUUUAGGCACACGUCACGGGUUGGCAAAUGAUAAGGAAUUUCAGCACCAGCAGCAUAAAAAUGGUCCAGGUGCACGUAAUGGGUUGACAAAUGAUCGGGAAUUUCCUCGCAAGGAACAAGAGGACCCUGGCAAUAUGAAAAAUGGAUACAGGUCUGUACCUCAAUUUGGAAUGUGGGAUCAACAAGCUGGAGGUGCUACAAGUUAUACUGUAGAAUUUUCGAAGGCUCGCGUCAACAAGAAACAACACAAAAAUAAUGAUCUUCUUGCGCGACCACCUAGUAUCGAUCAUGAGCAGGAAGCUCUUAGGAAGCAGCAUGAGGAAUCUUGCAUGAGGAAAAAGAAUAUGCUGACAUACCUUAAUUGUUGCAUUAGGCCUUGAUCUCCAAAAGGUCCUAAGUGCAGCCUCCUUUUGUAAUAAUAGCCUUGAAGUGACUAGAUAAUUCUCCUAUUAUAGAGAGUUAUCUCAUGUUUUCUCAAAGCAUAUUUAUGUAUGCAAAAAAAAAAAUCAUGAAAAAUCUUUAAAUUAUAGAACUAAUUAAUAAUUGUAUUAUUUGUGGGGUGUAUUAACAUUCUGCAUAAAUGAGUCUCAUUAUUCAAUUCAAAUUAUAUAUAGUGUUAUAUAAACAAGUGAUUUCUUGAUCACUGCUGUUCAGUUGAUCUUUUAAUCACUGCUAUGCAGUAAAAAAAGUUUCUGUUCUUUGCUAAU